AGAGGCACAGCUUCCUAGAAGAUUGUUUACCCUGCAAGAGAAACGCCGUCUGCCACUCCUGCAGUAGUAUCAAAAGGCGCAAUGAGUUCAGUAAAAAAUCUUGUUACGUUCCCAGCGCUAAGUGAAGUCACAGAUGCAGCGGUCCGGUCUCCGAUGGAGCGAGAUACACAAAAGGCAAGUGAUGGCGACGAAUCACACGGGAACGGCAUCGAAGCAUUCAAUCUGCUGAAGACUCUCGGUAAGGGCAGUUACGGCACUGUAUAUCUCGCUGAGAAGAAGAAGGACAAGGACCAAGUGUACGCUAUCAAGGUGCUACAGAAGCAUACGGCUAUCCAGAAGAACAAUGUAAGGAGAACCAUCAGUGAGAAGAAAGUUCUGGCUAUUGCGGGUCGCCAUAUGUUUUGUGCGAAAAUGUUUGAGUGUUUUCAAACUGCCAGCAGGCUUUUCUUCGUUAUGGAGUAUAUCGGCGGCGGAGAUCUAUGGUUUCACUUGGAAAAAGAAAGAAGUCGCCGUUUUGGUGAGUCCACAACUCGCUUCUACUCCGCUCAGAUAGCGUGCGCCCUACUUCAUCUGCACCGUUCAGGAAUCAUUUACCGCGAUCUGAAACUUGAAAACGUCAUGCUGAGCAGUGAUGGACAUAUCAAAAUAACAGACUUCGGUGCGAGCAAAGUAACCCAAGGAGCCACAACAUCAACAUUCGUCGGCACGACUGAUUAUAUGGCCCCGGAAAUGGUCAGAAGGACAGCUUACAACGCGUCUGUUGACUGGUGGGCUCUUGGCGUUCUGAUGUUUGAGAUGAUGUUUGGCUGUGUGCCCUUUAGAGGCGCAACAAAAAAGGUGAUAUUCCGAAACAUUAAAGCCCAGCCGGUGAUAUUCCCAGACACCAACUGCAGUAAACAUUGCGAAAGCGUGUUGCUGAGUUUGAUGCACAAACCUGUUAAGCAGCGUCUGGGAUGCACGGCUGGGUCGCAGGUACAAACGCAUCCGUUUUUCGAGUCAAUACGGUGGGAGGCGCUAGAAAGGGGCGACAUCAAUCCGCCCUUUAUCCCACCGUUUGACUCGAAGACGGACACAUCAAACUUUGACACGGAAUUUACGGACGAGGUCGCCGUUCUCGAGCCCAUUGACGAAGAGAUUGUGGCCCGGAUCGACCAGUCUAAAUUCAGAGACUUUGACUUAACAGAUUAGGAUUGCAUUCAGUGGAGCCAAAUUAGGUUAGCCGACACACGGUUUCGUUACUUAACAGCUCCAGUUGCUGUUCAAACUGUGCUCUUUACCGCCUUACCUCGGAAAAUCUCCGCCGCAUGUGUUUGCUAAAUUCAUUGACUUAGAAAUAUUUGCUGUGUGCAACAGGCUUCCAGGGUGCGAUUGGUGGAAAGUUUGCCAUUUUAGCGUGGCCACUUCUUAAUCUGUUGCUGAUGUGGUUGUUGUCGUCGUCGUCGUCGUCGACGUUGGUUUUGUUGUUGGUUUUGUUGUCGUUGUUGUUGGUUUUGUUGUCGUUGUUGUUUUUAUCGUUUUUGAAGUAUUUAUUCUUAAUGGUGUUAUUCGAAGCUGUGUAUAUUCGUACUCGUGACCCUGUGCUAUGUAAACAGAAAGAAAGCGUUGUAUCACUCACACUCUUCAAGUAAUACACACGCACCAUUACAUUCAUUCACACAGUAUCCAUUCAUCUGCCACUACCUUUCUCACAUACACUAUAUUCACACAUUGCAAAGAUGCAAACUUCGCUUUUUGUACUUGCUGGCUGCUGUAUUUUUACCUGAAACCAUAUAAGCUUCAUGUAUAUAAGUGUGUGUUUUAGUUAUUACAUUUUAUGUGACGGCGUUCCACUGAUGACAGUCACAAGAAAACGUUAUGGAACUUAACUUUCUUCAUUUUUUGCUGUUGUUAUGAAUGCACAAGUUAUCUUAUUUAUUGCCAUAUUUAAUAUCAUUGCUUUUUUAUCACUUUGUGCCGUGAUGUGAUUGCCAUGCCUACAGGAUGCCUAAUCGCCAUUGGGGAUAUACACCCGGUUUUUUCCCUCACAACUGCGUCCGUCGGCGCGAGGGUUUUUUCCCGGCUGGCUCGGUCCAGGGAAAUUAAUCUGACGGUCCCAAGUGGU